AUGGCCACGGGGGCAAAUACCAAUCUUGAACACCCUUGCUUCUUGGUGUGUAAGAAAGUAAACCACACAAUUGCCACAUGCUUUCUCUUUGCCAAGAAGCCGUGGGGGGAGAAGUCUGAUUUUCUUCGGGAAAAGGGCUUGUGUUUUGGUUGCCUGGAAACCGGCCACAUCUCUAGAUAUUGUCAGGCUCGCCUAAGGUGUCGAGAGUGUGGCAAGUCUCAUCCAACCAGUUUACAUAAUCAAGCCGAGCUCAAAUUCUCUACCAACGAACUGUCCUUCCCUGGAUUGAACGCCGAGCGAAAAUCAACCUCCGCGUGUUGUUUGGAGAAGUCAUGUUUGCAAGAGAGGGACAGCCGUUCCAAUCGAAUUGCUCUCCCUCUAGUGCCAGUCAGGGUGAGAAUCGGAGGAUCCCACAAGGAAGUUGUCACCUACGCAGGACUGGACAAUUUUUCAAGCGUUUGUUUUGCAACCAACAGCCUAAUGGACCAGCUGGGGAUCUCAAGUCUGAAAACAACCAUUCAACUAACCACCAUGGAAUGCAACGGAAAAGGGGUCGAGAUCAGAGCAAUUAGUGGUCUAGAGAUUCUGGAUAUCAAUGGAAAUGAGAUAAUUAGCCUCCCUGUUGUAUUUUCCAAAGACGUUUUGCCAAUUUCCCAAGAUGAUGUGGUGACCCGGCAAGAAUGGGCGAAUUUCGAGCAUUUGAUCGACGUACCCGUAGCUUUCAUCAAUGCGAGUGUGGGGUUGAUGUUGGGAGCAAAUGCUCCAGCCGCCAUCAAACCUUUGGAGAUUGUGAGUGGAUUAGAUAACGAACCAUAUGCUUCGCGGCAUAAGCUAGGUUGGGCUCUCAAUGGUCCGUUAACUGCUGGAUGCAGAAAAAGGGUUAAUGUCAAUAGAACACAAUGUGAAUACAAUGCCAUCGAAAAAGAAAUCAAAAAAAUGUUUGCCCAGGAUUUCUUGGAUUCAGGAGAAGACAAUUGUGGACCUUCUGUUGAUGAUCAAAAGUGGUUGGAGGAGGUAGAAAGGUCAAUUUACAAGGACAAAAGUGGACAUUACUGCAUCUCGCUACCCUUUCAAGAGGGUGUUGUCCAAUUUCCAAACAAUCGAAAUCAGGCCCUCCGAAUGUGGGAUGGAGUCAAGAAGAAAGUUGUUGCAAGCCCAAAAUUCAAAGCGGACUACUGCGAGUUUAUGGAGAUGAUGUUAGUAAAAGAAUUUUCCGAAGAAAUACCUACGAGUGAAUUGGCUUGGAAAAAUAAUAAAACCUGGUACAUUGUACACCAUGCGGUUUAUCAUAAACUGAAACAACCUAUUCGAGUAGUGUUUAACUGUUCGUUAAAAUUUGCUGGAAUGUCACUGAAUGACAAAAUCCUCCAAGGACCCGACCUCACGAACAAUCUAAUUGGAGUCCUACUCCGAUUUCGGCAAGGCCAAAUACCAAUAAUGGCCGACAUCGAGAAGCUGUACUAUCAAGUACGGAUUCCAAAAGAGGAUUCCGAUUGCCUUCGAUAUUUCUGGUUCCCAGGCGGAGAUUUAACGAAACCUCCAAGGGAGUAUCGACUGAGGGUCCGGUCCAUGUCUUCGGAGCUGUUUCGUCGCCCAGCUGCGCUAACUUCGCCCUCAAGCAGGCAGUAA